UUCAGAGCUCCUUUUCUUGCAUAUUCACAAAAACCAAAUUGUCUGGUACUACCAUGGGAAAUUGCUUAGUGCUGCAAGAGAAGGUUGUCAGAAUCAUGAAAACAGAUGGAAAAAUUCUUGAAUACAAAACACCCAUAAGAGUGGAAGAGGUUUUGCUACAAUUUUCUGGGCAUGCAGUAUCAGAAUCUCUCACAGUGGUGCGGUAUCUCGAUCCUCAGACAAAGUUGGCGAGAGGGCAGUUAUACCACCUUGUGGCUCUACCACCACCAUCACCAAAAACUAACAAGAAGGUGAGGUUCGCGGAUCCAGAAGUUCAAGAUCUACACAAAAGUAACGUGGUUAGGAUAAAGCUUGUUAUUAGUAAGCAAGAACUGCAGAAUAUGCUGCAGAAUGGAGGGUUUUCUGUUAGUAAUAUGUUGUCUCUAGUUCAUGAUGAGGUUAAGGUUCAAGAUUUCACUCUAAAGAAUGAUGAUGUCUCACAAGGCUGGAAACCAGCGUUGGAAAGCAUACCUGAAGUAAAGUAGCAAUGUAUUUCAAGUUCCAAUACAGUUUCAUGCUUCGAUUUUGCCUUUUUUUUUUUUUUUUCUAACUUAUCUUAUACAGUGUGACACACUAUAUAUAGAUGAAAAAAAGAAAGAAACUUUAGACUUAUUUUUGGUCUUUUC